AUGUCCCCACAUUUAGUACAAAUCGCUGAAUUAAAAGGACACUCUGACAGAGUUUGGUCUGUUUCUUGGUCACCUACGGGCAACAUUUUAGCUUCUUGUGGUGGUGAUAAAACUGUACGUUUAUGGGUUCCAACCUCCGAAGACAACCCCUCGGAAUGGAUUUGUACAAAUACUUUGGAAGGUGCUCAUAAAAGAACCAUAAGAAAUGUUUCAUGGAGUCCGAGCGGUCGACAACUCGCAACUGCUAGUUUUGAUGCACUUACUGGUAUAUGGGAACGAGAUGACGCUGGAGAUUAUGAAUGCGUCGCUACAUUGGAAGGUCACGAGAAUGAAACAAAGUCGGUUGCGUGGGCCUCGUCAGGUUCUUUAGUUGCUACAUGUGGCCGUGAUAAAAGUGUUUGGAUAUGGGAAGCAGCGGCAGAUAAUGACUUUGAAUGUAUAUCGGUUUUGCAAGAACACAUACAAGAUGUAAAGAUGGUUAUAUGGCAUCCAACUAAUGAAUUAUUGGCAUCGGCAAGUUACGAUGAUACAAUAAAACUUUGGCGAGAAGAUGAUGACGACUGGUAUUGUUCAGAUACGUUGGAAGGACACGAAAGUACAGUUUGGGCUAUUGAUUUUGAUAAAGAUGGCGAGUAUUUAGUAUCCGCUUCGGAUGAUAAAACAAUUAAAUUCUGGAAAGGCUUUCCAAAUGAUAAUCAAGAAGGGACGGAUGCUCAUCGAGGUCAUUCUAAAUGGAAAUGUGUACACACAUUAAGCGGUCAUCAUACGCGAUGUGUUUAUUCUGUGAGCUGGUCAAAAGUUCACGGACGUAUCGCUAGUGGGAGUGCUGAUAAUGUUAUUAGGGUUUUUGAUAAAUCUUCACCAAAUGAUAUAAAUCCUUCCAAUUUUUCAUUAGUCGCUUCAAUACCUUCUGCUCAUGGAGUUGCUGAUGUUAAUUGUGUACAAUGGUAUCCUACUGAAAGACAUUCUGAUUGGUUAGCUUCAGCCGGAGACGAUGGAAUUGUUAGAAUAUGGCGAUUCGUUGAAUAA